UCUAAUUAAACUUAAACAAACAUAUUACAAAACAGAGAUGAUGCACGCCAGAGUUUGGACUGUCCUAAUCGUGACCAUUCAUUUAUGUCUUCAAAUCGCCGCAUCACUUCCGACCAAUCCCACCACCACCUACGAAUUCAUCGAAACCUCUUGCUCAAACACAACAUACCCGGACCUCUGUCUCAACACUCUGUCUCCUUACGCCGACUCAAUCGGUUCCGAUAACUGGAAGCUCUGUACUGCCGCCCUCAACGCCACCAUCUCCUCCUCACGUGUCGUCGCCUCCACAAUCUCCAAAAUUGCCCGAAAAAAGGGUAUCUCCAAAAUGGAGGCGGCCAUAGUGGCUGAUUGCAUAGAGAACAUCCGGGAUUCCAUCGACGAGAUGAAGCAGUCACUUAAGGCCAUAAACAGAAUUAAAAACAGAAAAGAUAGGGCCUUUCAGAUGGAUAACAUCAAGACCUGGAUGAGCGCCGCCAUCACUGACGACGGUACGUGCACCGAUGGCUUCGCUGGAACCAAAAUGUCCAACGCCGUCAAGGCUAAGAUCGGGAGAUGUGUCGUUAAUAUUGGAAGGCUAACUAGUAAUGCAUUGUCUCUCAUAAAUCAUCUUGAGUAUUAUUAAAAAUUUAUCAACUUAUGGCUAUUUAGUGUUGAUUUUCUCCUUUUAAGCAUGUUAAAGUGUUUUUAUUGAGUAUAAACCACCCUAAAUUUGAGUAGUAAGGAC